CCCUAUUCUUCUAAAGAGUGGAAGAGAGUUAUCUAUCGUACUAUUCCGUUACUACACGUCCAACGGUGUUGUUCCCUCAGUUAAAGCCUGUGUUAUUUCCCUUAGCUGCUGUUCACCAACAGAAAAUAUCUCCCGCUUGGUUUUCCCUGAUGUAAAUCCCUCUGCGCCCCUGCUCUAUGGACCGCACAAGCCUGUGAUGCAGCUGUUGGAUGGUGAUGAUUCUCGUUCACCGAGGGUGAGUCACCUCCCCUUUGAGACCAACAAGAGCGGUUGGUCUCCUACAAGUGCAGAUAUUCUAUCUGAUUUUAUUCCUACGCUGGUUUUUGCUCUCGCCUCCUUCAGCUUGCCCGGUGAGUCCUUCAGCUUCCCUGUUUUAUUUUUCUGAUUGGCUUUUUGCUUCCCCUCUUCUUUUAUUUUCUAUUGGCGAUGGGUAUUGUUCUGGUUUAAUUGCGUUUCUUUUCCUCUCUAUUGUUGUGGGGUGGGGACGUUGGGCUUUUGGCCUCAACAUUUGAUAACUCUUUCUGGGGAGUGAUAUUUGUGCUGACGAGGUGGGUGCUCUCUGGGUUUGCUCUACGAGUUCAGAGGUCGGGCUUCUCUCUGUUUUAAUGAAAUCCAUAUUCAGAAUCAAGCACUAGAUAGUGGUGUGUCGCUCCGCUUCUCCGGCCUCACAAACUCACCCGUCGCAUUCUGUCUCCCCAAUCGGAAUCAACCCAGAGAAGCCACGGCUCCAUGGUCCACAACCUCCGCACGAUCAGUGUUCGCUCGCAGGUGGGCGCUAGCUAAACCACUUCAUGGAGCCAACCGCCUUAUGAGUCAUCUCCAUAAGAAAGGAGUUCCAUUUGCACUUGCUUCGAAUUCAGUGAGGAGAUACAUCGAGGGGAAACUCUCUUACCAUGAAGGCUGGAAAGAACGCUUUGCGGUGAUUCUUGGAAGUGACCAAGUUAGAUUAGGGAAACCUGUCCCAGACAUAUUUCGUGAAGCUGCAAAGAGGAUGAACGUAGAUGCAACAAAUUGUCUUGUGAUAGAGGACUCCAUAGUUAGAGUCAAAGCAGCAAAAGCUGCUGGAAUGAAGGUAGUUGAUGUGCCAUCAGUAAAUAUUGGAAUCCAUCAGUUUUCUGUUGCUGAUUAUGUGCUUCAUUCCAUUCUUGAGUUACAGCCUGAAAUUUGGGGUCUUCCACCAUUUGCGGACUUGGUAGAUAAUGUGUUGCCGGUUGAACCCAUUUCUUUCAAAGGCUUCUACAGCAAUGGACUUCUACAUGAAUCCACAGGUUUAGUGAAGUCAUUGUUUCUUAUUAUCAUUGGAUUCAUUAUCCUCGACAUCUUUCACAACGGCUCUACUAAGGCUGUUGAUUUGGAAGAGCAGUACCGGUGUUUUGAUACUAUCAAUGCAACUCUUUUGUUCGUAAUCAUAAUUCCAGGAAAUUGAAAUUGUGAUGAAUAUUUACUAAUUAAGAAAAUGAUGUUUCAUCUAAGACGACCUAUAUCAUAGCAUUGCAACUGUUUUAUUGCAUCAAUGUUUGUAAUAUGUAUUUUUUCCCUGUUGUUGUAUGACUUGUUAUCCUUUAUGUUAAUAGAAACUCGUUUUGAUGGCAUAUCCUUUAAGGGAAACAUUAUAGGU